AGCCAGUGGACAACGAAGGGAUGGCGUUUAGUGUCCCAUUUACGACGAGCAUCUUUCCAGUCGACAUGAACGGAAAUGCAGACAUCGCCACACACGACAAGCGCAUCGCGUCUAGUAAGCUUGGCAUUGUCAACCCUGGAGGCACUGUUCUACGCUAUGUCGACUUCGCUCCCGGCUUCGAAUCUAUGAUGCAUCGUACGCAGAGCCUGGACUUUGGCAUCGUCUUAGAAGGAUCAAUCGAGCUGAUUCUGGACUCCGGGGAGAAGCGGCAGCUGUUUCGUGGAGACUGUUGCAUACAGCGAGGCACGAAUCACGCCUGGCGAAACCCGAGUGACCAGGAAUGGGUUCGAGUGGUGUACGUUCUGCAAGACUCCAAUCCGGUCCAUAUUCAGGGCAAACCUCUGAAGGAGUAUCUUGGGAGAAGUGCUGGUGAACUCCCAGCUAGCGGUAAUGAGAGGUAGCAAGGGAUAGUGGCAGAGAUAGCACUUUCAUAACUGCUGCAGGCUGUCGAGUAUGUGUAUAUGGCGGUCUU